AUGGGCAUUGACCGACUCUACUACUGGACUGCCGCCCUCGGACUCGCCUCCUUCUGUUGCCUCAGCACCUGGGGACCAUUCGAUGGGAAAUUUCACCGACCAAAGAACCAAUAUGUCAAGCAGCGCAAGAAGUCCAAUGUCGCCGCCUCUGCCGCCGCAGAGAAAGCAGAAAAACUCGCCAGUGAGGUCGGACUCGAUGGAGUGGCAGACCGAGCCAGCGCAAAGAAGCGCAAGUAUGAGCGAGGAGCGCGAGAUGAGCGGGAUGAUGAACCAGCCGCGCGACCUAGCACAAAGCAAGACCGACGUAGGUCUCGGGCCCAGACUCCAGGACCAGCCAGACGGCACAAGCAUGGACAUGGAGACGACACGACCGUCUUCCACUCCAGCACCUACGACAGCAGCGACAGCUCACGUUCAUCAGAGAAGCGCGCUUCACAGCAGCGAAGCUCUCGAGUCAAGCCCACACCAUACAGCGGCUACGUCCCCGAGGCAAGUGCUCACCACUCGAGCCAGUCAACACCCAGCACCGCCACUCGGCCCACCAAAAGCCUUCUGACUUCGCCAAGUCAGAUCACAAGACCGGCAAAGCGCACCGAGAUGGUGACUAUGAGACCUACAAAUACCUCUAUGGAGGAUAUGAUGACCAGAUGCACGCCCCCUUCGAAGGCGCCGCAUGAAGAGCAUACCGACGACGACUCGAGUGCUGGCCCUGACGAUUCGCCAUUGAAACACUCACCCGCUAAACGCAAGCUCGGCAAUCUACACAAGCGUCGAGUAUCUGCAUCACCCGAGAAGUUCAACAAGGGCCAUUUCGAGCCACUCAGUGUGCGGACGGAUCUACCAGUGCCAAGCCGUGGCUCGGAGCCCAAGAAGAGUCGGACGGAGGACAGGAAGAUAGAGGUGUACUACGAUGCCAAUGGAACUCCUCGCAUAAGAGCGGCACCAACAAGCAUCAGCGCUGGCCUCACUCCACAAUCCACCACCUUUAGCCCGUACUUGACCAGCGCGGCGCUGCAGCCUGGCACGCCUCCUACCAGCAGUGUUCCAUCGGGGAGUCUAUCUGUGGCGAACAGGCUACUCGCCGGACAGUCUGGACGUGUCGCGUCUCGGAAGCCACAAGACAAGAACUUCAGUUUACUCGAGGCCUUCGUCAAGGACAAUGCGCUCUGCAUCUUGCUAGUGAGCUACCUACCCAUGCCGGCACUCAUCUCGCUCUACGCCAUCUCAAAGACACUUCACCACAGUUUCAACAAACAUGCGACCGCGUUUGUUCUCUCCAGCACGCGAACAUGGGCACCAAACGCCGAUCAGAUCUACCCAUGGCGCUGUUACAAGCCGCUAUGUAUCAAAGAUCCAAUCAAGCGGCAGAAGGCCAGUGCAGAAGCGCAGGGAGCUGCUAUUGACAUGCUACGAGGCACUUCACGAGACGUACCGAGUAUACGCUGGCUGCAGAUGGUGACAUGGCGAGAAGGUGUGGUGAGGGACAUGAUCAUUCAACUGACCAGCCAAGCCCUGAGAGUACCAACGGACGCUUUGGACGCAAUGAAGCGCAUGUGGUUCAUCCUCGACCUACCACUCAACGCCCAUCGCCUGGCCCUCAUCUGCAACAAAGACUACAUCUCCGACAAAGUCCUCUACCACGCCACCCAUAUGUUCCUCAAAAUCGAUAUGGCCUUCACAGAUCCUGGCAUGGAGCCCUUCAGCGCAGCAGACUUGGCACUCAAUCGUUACCCGCAAGAAUGGCUCCUCGGACAACCGAUAGGAUCCGCGUUACGCGAACAUCUCCUCAUGGAGCGAAGUCUGACACCAUUAUGGCGAGCGCUUCGGGGCUGGAACUGGAACCCAGACGAGCCAAUGCAGCCCAUGACAGAUGACGAUAUCAUCCAAUUGUGGCUACGGCGCAAAGCGAUGGUGCCUUCCGACGCACCAGACGCGGUGAAGAAGCUGCUCGUUCUGGGUGAUAAGGUUGGGUCUUUGCCCAAGGUGGGAUACGAGCGAGUCUACCAGCCCGAGAACGAUCCCAACCUUUCUCCAGAAGAAAAAGCGAGAGCCAUCGCCGCACUACCUCCACCAGCAUCCCGCUACCGCCCCCGCCCGCUCUUGACUCCAGACGACCUCAUCAUGCGUGAAUGCGUCCGACGACAGCUGAGACAGCACGAGUGGUGGAUCUCGCAAAUGUUGUGGGGCUUUGUGUAUCCUGGUGGGAGGUUGAUACGGACGCGAACGAGGGAGCAGUUGACUGCGAUCCAGAGGUCGAAUCACUUCAACAGAGUCACUACGAUCCCAACGAACGAGGAUGGCGAGGAGGUGAAGCCGAAAGAUGCAAUACCGCCGCCACCGUCUGAGUCUGCGCAAGCUGGACCCAGCAUGCAGAAGGAGAAGAGGCAGAAUGCGGUUGGUAACAGCGAGCAGCUCCCGGAGACGCCGAAGACGGCGGGAAUGUUUGCUGCGAGUACUUCUCAGCUGUAG